AUGCCAUUUCCUGUAGCCAGCGACUUGAACGCUACAUGGAGUUUCAUCCAACCAGGCUUGGAGUUCAUCUUGGGUGCCCAAGGCGAUCAAGGUGUUACGCCCAAGAUGUACAUGAACUGUUACACUGCUGUUUACAACUACUGCGUUAACAAAUCACGUCAUGGGGCCACUGCUACGUCUAUUGCUGCUUCCUCGGACUCCAACUCUUAUUCAUUGGCUGGAGCCGAGAUCUACGCUAAAUUGGACGUAUACUUGACUCAAUUCAUCCGAGCCUUGAAGAAAGAGCCCUCGGAAACAUUUCUCGAGUUCUAUGUCCGCAAAUGGACCCGUUUCACUAUCGGCGCCGGCUACAUGAAUAACGUAUUUGACUAUAUGAACCGGUACUGGGUGCAGAAGGAGCGUUCCGAUGGAAGACGGGAUGUUUUUGACGUUAACACACUUUCACUCAUCAAAUGGAGAUCGGAGAUGUUCAACAACAACUCUGACACGUUGAUUUCCGAAGUGUUAGAUUUGAUUGAAAUGCAGAGAAACAACGAAAUCGUAGACACCUCUCUUAUCUCAACUGCCAUUAAGUCGCUAGUAUUCUUAGGAAUUGAUGUUCAGGACUUGAAGAAACCGAACUUGGUUGUCUACAUCAGUUAUUUCGAAAAGAACUUCUUGGAAAAGACAGGCGAAUACUACAGCAGAGAAAGCUCACAGUAUCUCCAAGAGCACAACGUCGUGGACUAUAUGAAGAAAUGUGAAGCCAGAUUGGCUGAAGAAAUCUCUAGAUCAAAUAACUACUUGGAAGACCACACCAAGAAGCACUUGUUGGACAUCUUGAACAAAGUCUUGAUAGAGGACCAUGCCAACGAGAUGUACAGCCAAUUUCUCACUUUAUUAGAACAAAACGAGACGGACCACAUCCAGAGAAUGUACAAGUUGUUGUACAGACUUCCUGCAACUUUAGGACCAUUGGCUGAUACUUUGGAGCAGUACAUCAAAGAACAAGCUGACAAGGCUAUUGAAAAAGUAAAACUAGCCUCAGAGUCACAGGCUGAAGCCAAAGUUGAUGGUAAGCCUACAAAGAAGUCGGCUGCUGGAGCAGUUGAUCCCAAGUCAUAUAUCAACACUCUUAUAGCCAUCUAUAACCAGUACAACGAAGUAGUGCACCAGGCAUUCAACAAGGAUACACGUUUCAUUAAGUCCUUGGACAAUGCCUGCCGUCAUUUCAUGAACAAAAACUCAAUAGCUAUUCCCACACCUAAAGCUAAGUGCAAGACUCCAGAGCUUUUGGCUAGAUAUGCUGACAGCUUCUUGAGAGGAACCAGUAAAGAAGUGGACACUGUGGACAUGAAUCCCGAGAACUUGAUGAUUGUUUUCAAGUACUUAAAUGACAAAGAUGCUUUUGAAGAAUACUACCGUCGUCUGUUGGCUAAGAGAUUAAUCAACGGUAACAGCAAGUCAGAGGAGUUGGAAGAAAGUAUUAUCCAGAGAUUGCAGGAAGAAAACUCAAUUGAGUACACUUCCAAGAUGACCAAGAUGUUCUCGGACAUGAAGGCUUCUGAAGAUUUGAAGGCUAACAUCAAGGACCAUGUUUCUGAGUCUAUAGUCAAGGAUUUCAACCCCUUGAUCCUUGCCCAGAGUAUGUGGCCAUUUACACACAUGGAAGAUUACGACCUUAAUGUAGCACCUGAAUUGCAGGCACCAUUUGAAAAAGUGGUAGAGAUCUAUGGAGCCAAGCACAACGGUAGACAGCUCAAGUGGCUUUGGAAUCAUGGUAGAGCCGAAUUGAGAGCCAAUCUUUCCAAAAAAGGUAAGGCUCCAUUUGUAUUCACAGUCAGUAAUUUACAAAUGAUGAUUUUGAUAGCUUUCAACAAGAAAAGUACAUACACUUUCCUGGAGUUGCACGAAAUCGUGGGAGCUGCAAGACACACGUUCGAAUCUCAUUUGCUUCCAUUCACGAAGUACAAGUUGCUUGACCAGAGUCCACCGGGACCAGAGAACACUGGCAAUGCAGACACCACCUUCACCAUCGUGGAAGAGUACAAGUCCAAGAAACUCAAGGUCAACUUUACCAGUGUGAUCAAAAACAACGAAGCUAAACAGGAAGAAGAUGACGCCAACAAAGAGAUUGACGAAACACGUAGAAACUACCUUUCAGCCUGUAUUGUGAGAAUCAUGAAGUCGCGAAAGACGGUCAAGCACAACGAAUUGAUAAACGAGGUGUUACCGCAGACGUUGUCGCGGUUCCAUGCUAAGAUUAUCGAUAUUAAGAGAGUCAUAGACCAGUUGAUAGAGAAGCAGUAUAUCCAGCGUAUUGACAACAAUACCUACGAAUACUUGUCAUAG